AUGAAUGAAUUCAAAUAUCCUCCUGCUAGCAUCUACAACGUUGAUGAAACGGAUCAUGACUUCAUUACUGUAUCUGGAACUGAAGAGUUGGAUAACGAAUCUCCCACGAACAGUAAUUUGUCUGGUAUAACAGUCAAGACUACCAACAAUUCAAUUCAGAGCGGUGGCGAUGCUGGAGUCUUAAUUCCGAACCCCAUAGCAGGUGCUUCAGCAACUCCUGCUUUUAUCACGCCGAUAAAUAUCAGUCCAAUACCUCGCAUAAGAAACAUAAAAUGCAAUAGGAGAAGAAAGGCCACUAAAGCGACUGUUUUAACAUCUUCACCAUACAAAUUAGAACUUGAGGAAUCACUUAUGAAGGGCAAAAAAAAAAUCCAUGGAUCCUAA